UGGCGGUGAGGUGUCUGGUCGGGAGGAAGGCAGCUUAUGUUUACGCCUAUAACGUUUGUACUGUACUGCAAGUCGGAUUUUGUUAAUAACGGCGUUCAGAUGUUGGUGGUACAAUCGUAGGAUUGUUUUCUCACCUGAGAAGCUACUCUUUCUCGUUUUGGAAAACAGGAGACUUGGGGUGUUUAUUACAACGCGAACGUGAAUUGAUUGUAAGAAAUAAGUCCUCUGUCUUUGUUAACCUGUUGUUGGUAUUGCCGCUAGCAGACUUGAAGCUUUUGUGGACCGGUGUUGUUGGAACUGUUUUCGGUUAACACGAUUCCUAACAAAAAAUGCGGAUAUUUAAUUGAUAAAUUGUCUGAUAACUGAAAAACAGAAAUAAAACUGCAUUGUUGCAAACUGAAAGCUCAAAUUGUUUAAAAUGGUACAGAAAAUGCACUGCAGGCAGCCGUGUGAGUCAUUUGCUGAUCAAUAAGAAGAGAAUUGAAGAAUCGAAAGACCUGAUAUGGAUACAGUUUAAGUGUUUUAUUGUCAGUGGUGGAUGCUGGUUGUACUUCAAAAUGAUUUGGUAGACGGACAGCCCACGGAGAAAUCAAAUCAAUCAAGGAUUUAUGUGAGAUAUCAUUUAAGCGGAUAAGUAAAUAUCCCACACUGACAAAUGUAUUAACAAUCGCGUUCUGUGCGGGACCACUUGCAAAUGAAAAUGAGACAUCGCAGAGAAGUGAAAGCCAAUGUUUCUGCUGUGGAAGAGGAGCAACAUGUUAGAAGUGAGUUGUACCAGAAUACUGGGGCUUCGCUCAACACAAUAGUGCUGGAGGACGAAAUUAAUAAACAGGCGCCAAUAAUGGCUAACAUUUCAAAUAAAAGGAAGAUGCACUCGGUUAAUGAGCACGAACUGUGUGGGAACUCCGAUAGAUCCAGGUGCCGCGGGGAAGCACUUGUCAGCGAGUUGGUGGAUCGCUCAGUAUGCAGAGAAAAAAGGGUUCCUACGGUGCAGUUUAAAGAGGUGUACAGCAGGCGUGAAUUUAAGGUCGUUAAAAACGUGCCCCACGUGUUUGAGAAAAGCAGAAUCACCGGCACCAUCGAGGGAGUCUUCGGGGGCAACCUUUAUACAGAAAGCGAUCGUGCUGAUCUUACUAGCGGGAAAAGCCGCGAUGCCAAAGGACACCCGGACGUGGAUUGCAAUGCAAUUUUUUACCAAAGAACUGGGGAAAUAAAGCGACUUGCCAAUAUGCAAUCUGGUAGAAAAGAAAUAACCCGCAAUAAUGCAGGUGGCAAAACAACCACCCAAGAGAUUGCUAGAGGCAGCCCUACCCGUCGUUAUACCAAGAAGGGAAGAGGAAAGUUUGCAUUAAGUCUGUGGAGUUGGUGGGCUUUCUUCUGUUUUAAUACUCGCGUGUUGAAAACUCUGGCACAAGAUGAUGUUUCACCAUAUUUCAAGACGGAGCCUGGUCCUGCUCAGAUUCACCUUGAAGGCAAUCGCCUGGUCAUGACAUGUCUGGCCGAAGGAAGCUGGCCCUUGGAGUUCAAAUGGAUUUUGAACAACACUGAUAUCACCUCCUUCUCUCCUGAGUACAAAUACAUCAUUCCAUCUCUACUGCAAUCCGAUGCUGGGUUUUACCAGUGUGUUGUGAGAAACAGGAUGGGUGCACUGAUGCAGAAGAAGGCAGAAGUACAAGUAGCAUAUAUGGGAAACUUCGUGGAGGGAGAUCAGAGAAAGACUGUGCCACAAGGUAAAGCAGCAGUGCUCAAUUCCCCAGCGGUCAGCAGCUAUCCGCAGCCUCAGGUGACAUGGUUUAGGGAUGGAUAUAAGAUCAUCCCCAGCAACAGAAUAGCAAUAACCUUGGACAAUCAGCUGGUGGUUCUCUCAACAGCUGCAGCCGAUGCAGGAAGGUACUAUGUGCAGGCAGUUAAUGAAAAGAAUGGGGAAAACAAGACAAGUCCGUCCAUUUACCUGAGUAUAGCAAUAAGCAAGAAGAAUCGAGGAUCUCUUGACUCAGACGCUCCAGCUGACCCUGUGGCUCCUGUUAUUGUAAUUCCACCUCGAAACACCACCGUGGUGGCGGGGAUCAGCGAAGCGACGCUGGAGUGUGUGGCAAAUGCAAGACCUGUAGAAAAGCUGAGCAUUUCUUGGAAGCGCAAUGGCAUGACAUUAACUGGAGGUACUGGCACCUUUGGGAGAAGACUGACCAUCAUCAAUCCUACGUCAGCAGACGUGGGCCUGUACGUGUGUGAGGCCACUCUUUUAGACAGCAGUGUGAAGACAGUGGAGUCAAAGGCGUUUCUCUCCAUCAUAGAGUCACCCUACUUCACUGCAGAACCUGAGAGAAAAAUUAUGGGAGAAGUGGAGAAAACUAUCAACAUUCAGUGUCAAGCUCAGGGUGUUCCAAUGCCCAGACUGGAGUGGUACAAAGACUCUGUGCCUCUCAAUAAACUGAAUAACCCUCGAUACAAGGUGGUAUCUAAUAUGGGCCUUCAAGUCAGAAGGGUUCAACCAGAUGAUUCUGGAAUCUUCCAGUGCUUUGCCAGGAACUCAGCUGGAGAAAUCCAAACACAUGCCUACCUUGAUGUUACAAGUAUGGCACCAGUCUUCACUCGGGCCCCUAUGGAUAUCACAGUUACUGAUGGGACUCUGGCCAUCUUUGCUUGUGAGGUUAAUGGAGCACCAAAACCUGCCAUCACUUGGAAAAAAAGUGGUCAGAUUUUGGCAAGUGGUUCUGUCCAGAUACCCCGAUUCACACUUCUGGAGUCUGGGGGGCUGCAGGUGAGCCCUGUCUUCCUCCAGGACUCGGGGAACUACACCUGCUACUCCACAAACUCCGAGGGAGCCAUCAAUGCAACAGCCUCAAUGAUUGUGUGGAGCCGCACCUCCAUAUCCAAGCCUCCUGAGGAUAGGCGUGUCAUCAAAGGAACAACCGCAGUGCUGGAGUGCCAUGCAACCUAUGACCCUAGAGUGUCUGUCAGGUUUGUGUGGAAAAAGGAUGGAACAGUUCUCAGCAGCACAAAGGGUGGCAGGAUCAGUGUGAAGGAGGGGUCUCUCCAGAUCAGCCAGACUUGGUCAGGGGACAUCGGAGACUACACAUGUGAGGUGCUGUCUCAGGCUGGCAAUGACUCAAAAUCAGCUCGUCUGGAGGUUAUUGAACUGCCCCACUCCCCUCGUAAUCUGCAGGCCAGUUUGAAUGCCUCUGACAGCCGCACAGUGGAUCUCUUCUGGGUCCGCCCUUUUGAUGGAAACAGUCCCCUCCUGUACUAUGUUGUGGAGCUGUCUGAAAACAACUCCCCAUGGAAGGUCUAUUUACCCAAAGUAGCCCCCGCAAUGACAGGGGCAGUGGUGAAGGGGUUAACGCCAGCUCGAACCUACCAGUUCAGAGUGUGUGCAGUUAACCAGGUUGGGAAGGGGCAGUACAGCACAGAGACUAACAGACUGAUGCUUCGUGAGGAACCCCCAAGUGCUCCCCCGAAGAACAUUGUUGCCAGCGGGCGUACCAACCAGUCCAUCAUGGUCCAGUGGCAGCCUCCCCCAGAGCCAGAGCUGAACGGAGUGCUGAGAGGAUACGUUCUCAGGUAUCGCCUUGCUGGCCUUCCUGGUGAGUACCAGCAGAAGAACAUCACCAGCCCUGAGAUUAACUACUGCCUGAUUAGGGACCUCAUCAUCUGGACGCAGUAUGAAAUCCAGGUGGCUGCUUAUACUGGAGCAGGCCUGGGAGUCUUCAGUCUUCCUGUGACAGAGUACACGCUGCAGGGAGUACCUACAGCCCCACCUCAGGAUGUUGAGGCAGAGGCCAUAAACUCAACCACUGUGAAGUUCUUCUGGACUCCUCCCCCGCAACAGUUUAUUAAUGGGAUCAAUCAAGGUUACAAGCUCCUAGCAUGGCCGGAGCAUUCACCUGAAACUGUUGCUAUAGUAACAAUCACUCCUGAUUUCCAUGGGGCCCGCCAUGUUGGAUAUAUUAGCGGGCUACGGAAGUUUACCCGUUACCUGACAUCUGUGCUGUGCUUCACAACACCAGGAGACGGGCCCAGCAGCUCCCCACAGCUUGUGCAGACACAUGAAGACAAGCCAGGAGCAGUGGGUCACCUGAGCUUUACAGAGAUCCUGGACACUUCUCUACGAGUGAGCUGGCAGGAGCCUGAAAAUAAGAAUGGGAUCAUCACUGGCUACCAGGUUUCUUGGGAGGUCCAUGGUAACAACGCCUCCCGGAUGGCACGAACAAUGGCCAACACCACUCUGGAGUACAAAGUCACAGGACUCACCUCUCUUACUACAUACAACAUCGAGGUGGCCGCAAUCACAGCAGCAGGAAUUGGCACUGUUACGUCUUCUACGAUCUCCUCAGGGGUGCCUCCAGAACUUCCUGGGGCUCCGUCAAAUCUGGUCAUCUCCAAUAUCAGCCCUCGCACAGCCACACUGAAGUUCCAUGCCGGAGAUGAUGGAAAAACUUCCAUCUCAAAGUGGAUUGUUGAGGGGCAGGUUGGGAGUAUAGGAGAUGAUGAGGAGUGGAAAGUUCUGUACGAGAAGGAGAAUGAACCAGAAGCUCAAGUGUUAGAGAUCCCCAACCUCACCCCUUUCACUCACUACAGGUUUCGGAUGCGACAGGUUAACAUUGUGGGCCCCAGCCCUGUGAGCCAGCCUUCCCGGGUCAUCCAAACUCUGCAGGCCCCUCCGGACGUGGCUCCCAGCAGCGUGACCGUGCGCACAGCAAGCGAGACCAGCCUCUGGUUACGAUGGGUGCCCCUGCCUGACUCGGAGUACAAUGGGAACCCUGAGUCAGUGGGGUACAGGAUCAGUCUGUGGCGAGCAGACUUGCAGGGCGAAACCCAGACCCAGCUGGUGAACGACCGCCUGGAGAGAGAGCUCACACUGGAGGGGCUGGAGGAGUGGACAGAGUACCUGCUGCAGAUCCAGGCCUUCAACUCCAUUGGGCCAGGUCCCUGGAGUGAGGUGGUGAAAGGCCGAACAAGGGAGUCAGUGCCAUCUGGGUCUCCAGUGAAUGUGACAGCUGAGGCUGUGAGCUCCACACGCAUUUUAGUCACAUGGGGUCCUGUUCCAGAACAGGAGAAAAAUGGACAUAUUCUUGGAUAUAAGGUUCUGUAUAAAGAGAAGGAUCUGAGGUCGGAGCCCCAAGUGCAGGUGGUGAAAGGAAACCUCACUCAGUCCGUGCUUCUCCGGAACCUGAGGAAAUACGUGCAAUAUGAGAUUCAGGUUCUGGCCUACACACGCAUCGGAGAUGGUGAGCCCAGCACCCCCCCUGUCCUGGAGAGGACCAAGGAUGAUGUUCCAGGACCACCUGUGAGGCUGGUCUUUCCAGAGGUCAGGCUGACAUCGGUGAGAGUAGUGUGGCAGCCUCCUGUGGACCCCAAUGGAAUUAUCAUGGGAUACCAGAUAGCCUACAGGCUGGCUGCGAGCGACCCUAACAAGUUCAUCACUGUGGAAGUGGGCUCCAACGCCAGACAGUUCACAGUGACAGGGCUUGCCCCAGAAUCGGCAUAUGUAUUCCGCAUCUCUGCCAAGACUCAGCAAGGCUGGGGGUCACCAGCACAGGCAGUGGUGAUAACGACAGAGAAACGAGAUCGCCCGCAGCCCCCAAAGCAGCUCUCUGUCCCCCAGGAGCAAGUACAGUCCAGGAGUCUGCUGCUGUGCUGGAUCCCAGGAGGGGACGGGUCCUCGCCUGUGCGCUACUUCACAGUGCAGACCAAAAAGCUCCCUGAUGGCAACUGGCAGACCCACUCCUCUGCCAUCAGUCACAACAGCACAUCCUGGGAGAUCGACCGGCUGAAACCAUUCACUUCAUAUAAGCUGAGAAUGAUGUCAACUAAUGAUAUUGGAGACAGUCCCUAUAGUGCAGAGACUGAUGCAAUUACAACUUUACAAGAUGUUCCUGAUGAGCCACCUGUUAUUUUGGCAGUAAAGCCUUCUACCACCACUUCUGUCCUGGUUCGAUGGCAGCGCCCAAAGGAUGACAGUCUGAAUGGAGUUCUGAUAGGAUAUCGUAUUUAUUACCGAGAGCUGCCAUACGAGAAUGUUCAGUCAGACUCCAAAACAGUGGGCAACCAUUCUGCACUGCGAGCCGAAUUAACAGCCAAAAGCACUUUCAAGACUGUGAGCAGUGCUUUGUUAACAGAAUUUGAGCUAACACAGCUCAACAAAUACAAGCGCUAUGAAAUAGUGAUGACAGCAUACAACAUAAUUGGCGAGAGCCCCUCCAGUACCCCCGUGGAAGUAUUUGUGGGAGAAGCAGCACCAUCAGUAGCACCACAGAAUAUUCAGGUCAACUCACUAUCAUCAACCCAGUUGGAAGUGAUAUGGGAGCCUCCUCCAGUAGAAACCCAAAAUGGGAACAUCCAGGGAUACAAGGUUCAUUAUUGGGAGAAUGACAAUCAGAAUGAGACAGAGAAAGUGAAGAUCCUGUUCCUCCCAGAAACAACAGUGAGACUGAAGAAUCUGACCAGCUACACCUCCUAUUCAGUGAAGAUUUCGGCAUUCAAUGCAGCGGGGGAUGGACCGCUGAGUGAGCCCAGGAAAGGCCGCACUCUUCAAGCAGCUCCCAGUGCUCCCAGUUUCAUUUUCUUCUCUGAGGUCACAACAACUACACUCAAUGUCUCCUGGGGAGUUCCAUUUUUACCGAAUGGAGUCAUAGAAGGAUAUCGGGUAGUCUAUGAGCCUUUGGCACCCAUACAUGGCGUGAGUAAGGUUGUGACAGUGGACAUCAAGGGCAACUGGCAGCGCUGGCUGAAGGUCCGUGAUCUAACCAAAGGAGUGACUUACUGCUUCCGGGUCCAAGCCAAGACUAUAACCUUUGGGCCAGCACUGGAGGCUAAUAUCACAGCGGGACCUAUGGAAGGAUCGCCCAGUUCUCCCUUAGAGACAUCAAUCACAAAGUCUGGCUCUACUCUUACAAUCCAUUGGUCAGCAGGAGACCCGGGUGCAGGGCCUGUCACAGGAUAUGUCAUUGAGGCGCGUCCCUCAGAUGAGGGUUUGUGGGAUACCUUUGUGAAAUACUUGUCCCCCAGCACCACUUCUCACACACUCAGUGUGGACCGCCUGCGGCAGGGGGUGAGCUAUGAGUUCCGGGUGAUUGCAGUCAAUGAGUUUGGCUAUGGUGAGCCCAGUGCACCCUCUGCUGCCUUGUCAGCCCAGUCAGAAACACCCUUCUAUGAAGAGUGGUGGUUCCUGAUUGUAAUGGCUCUCUGUGGUCUCAUUCUCAUCCUCCUCAUCGUGUUUGGUUUAGUGCUGCAUGGCCAGAGCAAGAAAUACAAAAGCUGUAAUGCAGGUAAAAAUAUUUCCACUGUAGAGGAGUCAGUCACACUGGACAAUGGAGGCUUCACAGCCUUAGAGCUCAACAGCAGACACCUCAAUGUAAAGAGUUCAUUUUUGAAGAAAAAUGGGACCAGAUCUCCUCCCCGGCCAAGCCCUGGAGGACUCCAUUACUCGGAUGAAGACAUCUGUAACAAUUACAAUGGAGCAGUGCUGACAGAGAGCACCACACUCACUGAGAAACCUACAGAGGUUUCUGAGUCAGAGGCCACGGACAGUGAUUACGAGGAUGAGCAGCCAAAGCACUCAUUUGUCAACCACUAUAUGAGUGACCCCACUUAUUACAACUCAUGGAAACGGCAGCAGAAGGGACUGAAACAGUCUUCGGCCUACGUGUAUGACGAAUGUGCGAGCGGGGAUAAUGACAACUACUACCAGACAGUUGUUACCACACACAGUGUAGGUGGGGUGUACACCCCAGCUGGACAGCCUGCUCCUGGCUCCCGGACUCCUGUCACAGGCUUCUCUUCCUUUGUCUGACCUGGCACUUGACUGCACUGGGGGGCAGGGUAAUGUGAGGAAAGGACCUCAGCUUUAAACCCCACCAGGCCUCUUGGACAGUUUCACAGGGAAACACAUGAGGUGAAUUGUUGGUAAUUACAUAUUGUGUUAUGCCUUGGGCAAAAAAAGACACUUUGGGGACAAAAUACUAAAUUGUGCUGUUGUGUACUUUUUUCAUUAUAUAUCAAAAAUAUAUCACUAUUCCUGUCUAUUCUUUCAUACUUCAAGACCUAAUCCAUAUAUAUAGUAUAUACAGUACAUAGUGCAUACUAUUUAUACUGUAUACUGUAUAUGUGAGAGAUGUUAGUGUUAUUAAGUUCAUAUGAGUGCCAAUUUAAUUGGGUCAAAAUGAAGAUGUUGUUAGCCCAGUGUAAAUAUUGGUAGUUCCCAUGAAAAAGUCAUUGACAGCACUUAAUUUAUGUUAAUGCACUCUGCACAGCCCUAUUUUGGAAGAGUGAAUAUUAGUUUUAUUUCAAAGGCUCUAUGAACACAGCAGAUGAAUCGAACCCUAGAUCUCAAAAAGAAUAUAAAACAUAUGAAAUCCUUUUUACUAUUUAAAAAAGGAAUAAGUGUCUGGGUUGUUAAUAGGAUUUUAAUUAAAAGAUUGCUUUAAAAAAUCAAAUGAAUUUGAGAAGUUUAAUCGCAUUACCCACAAUUCACUUCAAAAGCUAUAAGCCCUGAGAUUGCACUUCAGAGUUUGAAGACACAACAAUGACUAUAAAAGUUUAAAAAAAAAAACUAAUGAAAAGGAAUCAAAGUGAUACUGCAGUAAUUGACAGACAUCAAACAGAGACCUUUGCAAUGUCUGUGCAUCCUCUACAGGAACUGUGGAUGCUGGAAGUUCUGAUGGUGUAGAGCUACCAGUAAUUUGAUAGGUUAGAUCAUGAAAACAAAUAAACUGUUCUUAUUCCAAGUAAACCUUCUUUGUGACAGUAUGAGGGAUCAGAAGGUCGGUUGUACAGUACAAAUGUUUUUGUGAACUGAUCUGUUUUCAAAUACCAUCAGUCUUGACAUCAGUUCUUCGUUUUAAGUCCUGAAAAUUGCUGAUGAGCAGAAUAACAUUCACUUGAAGCUUUUUUUCCUGAAGUAUGAAUGUAACAAUGGGGGUUGUUUUUUUUAAGAAAAGAAAUACUGCCUUUGCACACAUUGACUGCACUCUUAAGCCAUAUGGAUAUUGCUUUAAUGGAAAGAACCGUGCAUUUACAACUUUUAUUUUUUAAAGAUUUCUUUGGUAUUUUUUACAAAAACAACAUGACUGAAGACUUUGUUUUUGUUCCUUUCCUUUUGGCUAGCAAUAUGUACUGUAUAUGAGUGUGAUUUUUAGGAUAUAUUUUGUACAGAUUGAAUUUUUACUGUAGUGUUCUUGCCACGUCUGUGUAGUUCUGUAGUGAUUGCCAUUAUAGCUGUCCUUUUUUGCAGUUCUUGUUAGUCUAAUGGAAAUGAGUAAGUAGCAAUGGGGGAAUUGUGGGAUUUGUAAUCAAAAUAGACCUAAAUAAAGAAAAAGGGAAGGAU